AUGGGUUCUCAACGCCCCAAUAAUCAAGCCAAUUGCGUGCAUGCAUCCAACCCUUUUGCAGGAGCCAAUUGCCUGCAUGCACGUACUCCUCGAUUCUCUCUCUCCACUCUCUCUUCUCGCGCGCUCUUUCAACUCUCUCUCUCUCUCUCUCUCUCUCUCUCUCUCUCUCUCUCUCUCUCUCUCUCUCCCUCUCUCUCUGUCUCUCUCUCUCUGUCUCUCUCUCCCUCUCUCUCUGUCUCUCUCUCUCUCUGUCUCUCUCUCUCUGUCUCUCUCUCUCUCUCUCUCUCUCUCUCUCGCUCUCUCUCUCUCUCUCUCUGUGUCUCUGUCUCUCUGUCUCUCUCUGUCUCUCUGUCUCUCUUUCUCUCUCUCUCUCUCUGUCUCUCUCUCUCUCUCUGUCUCUCUGUCGAGCCCCUGCCUGAACCGGCACAUGCCCGCCAAGCUCUCUUUCUUCACGUGGGCGCAAGUGCUGUUCAGACGGUGCCCGACUACACGGUGCCAGUAGAUCAAGAUUGCACCGUGACCUUCUCCCUCGGCAACCGUCUUGACUUUGCGUUCCCCCGCCGUACCAACAUUACCCUUCUUGCUGGGGACGUAGUAUUGGACAGUAUGUCCUUUGAGCGCACCGACCCCGAAGCGGCGCCCAUUAGUGGGGACUUUAUCGAGCUCAUGUUUUCUUAUUCGACCUUUGAUGAGAAUUUGGAUGCCAUCGGACAGCCGUUGACGCUUGCCUUUCAAGCCGUUGCCCAAGCACGCCCGGCGCAAGCCAUUGUCGACAACGUCCGAGGCUUUUGCAUGCAGCGCAUUCGCACAACGCCAGCUCCGCUGGAUGUUGUUCUGUACAACCCCUCGUUUGAGCGCGACGACCUCGCGGAUGAGGACACACUCUUUGUUAACCGGGCUUCAGGCUGGAGCUCCUCGGGUCCAGCCGGUACAUUCCGCCCGCCCAUCAAUGUUAGCGUUGCUGAUAUGGAGGCGCCGGCAGAUGCCAAGCAGGUGGCCUUUGUCCGGCCUGGCGGCCAGAUUGAGCAACCCCUGCGAGGUGUUGUGCUUGCUGCUGACGGAUGUUACAACAUUUCUUUUGCCGUUGCCGCUCGUAUCGAUCGCCCCUUUCCGACGGCUGCCACCGUCGAGCUUCGCGCAAUGCCCUCAGACAUCACCUUGGCCGCGGUCAGCUUUGACGCGAGUGAUGUUGCAGGUGCAGGCUUUACGUUUGCCGAAUUGGGCUUCUGUGCGCCCGACAAUGUUGCCAACGCAGGCGAUGAAGUUGUCAUCCGCCUGACGGCCCGUGGUGCAGCCAACACACAGGCUCUCUUUGACAACUUUGAUGCUGUCUCUCAGUUCAUCCCCGUUGAGGUGGCCAGCACGCAACUCAUGUCGACCAUGGAGCAGACCACCGUUGAGCGGGUGGCGCCUUGUGCGGCCGCCUGCACCGGCUCCUUUUCUGCACUCCCAAUGUACUCGGGCUUCAAUGCCUCGCAAGAACUCGUCGAGGUCGACUACAAUGGUGACGGCAUUGCCGACACCGUAGGCCUGGACAUCUUCGGUCACCUCUAUGUGGUUGCACUUGGAAGCAUGCUUGACCUCGAUACCAACGUCAUGGCCUUUGCCGUCGGUGACCUGGACCGCGAUGAUUUUCCAGACGUCGCGUAUGUGACGACCGAUGGUGUGUUGCAUGUGGUGUCCAUGACCCUGACAACGUCGCUACAGCUGGACACGGAUCUUCACGAUGUGACCGAGCUCAAGCUUGCCGAUGUGGACGGCGAUCGCGACGUGGACUUGGUCCUGGCUGUGGGCGACUCUGCUCAAGUGGCUGUGUUGGAGUCGACGUGUUGCCAGCGCUUCCGCCCGUGCCUCAACAUGUGCUCUCUGGGAGCUUCUCUCCAGUUUUUGGUCCGUGGAGCCUUCAACGCCACGCUCGAUGCUCCUGUCAUUACCACCGGUGACUUUAACGCCGACGGCAAGGACGAUAUUGCCGUGGCUUCCUCGACCGCUGGUGCCGUGGAUGUCAGCAUUCACUACAGCACCGCAAGCGGCGACUUUCGCGCCGUUUCUCUCGACACGCUUGGUCUUGUCGACUCGGCCAUCACUCAGAUUGAGGCGCGGGAUUUGGAUAACGACGGUGCCCUGGAUUUGGUAGCCAUCACCGAUGCCAGUGCGGGCGUGGCUGUUUUGCGACAGAGUCUCCCCCUUGAUGCCGAGGAGUUUGUCAUUGCUGUUCUUGCCACGGCAGGCCAGGUCCCGCAAAGCCUGAAGCUUACCGAUCUGGAUCAGGACGGCUUUACUGAUGUGCUUUUUGCGACCAGUGCCAAUCAAGUGCUUUACAUGCGCGGCGGAACCGGUUUUGCCGUGCCCACCACUUUGAUUACCAUGUCUGACCUUGCGCCAGGCUUGGCUAUUGUUGACGUUGACGAGGAUGGAGACUUGGACGUGGUCGUUGAGAAUGGAGGCACCCGUGCCUACCUCAUCAACUCGUGCUGCAUGCUCACCACAACGCCAAUGCCGACCACCACCACACCCGCACCCCGCUUUGUGAUUGCCAACCCCAGUUUUGAGGUCGACAAUUUGAUGGGCUCGACCGUACGCUUUGUCAAUGCCGCCUCAGGAUGGUCCAUCAAUGGUGCUGCCGGCACCUUCCGUCCCCGUGCCAGCUCUUUUGGAAGCGUUUCGCCUCUGCCCUCGCCAUUGGAUGCAGACCAGGUGCUUUACGUGCGCUCAGGCGCCACCGUCGAGCAAGAGCUGGGCAACUCGCGCAUUGUAGCCGAGGGCCAGGUCACCAUCUCAUGUGUGGUGGCGUGGCGCGGCGAUGGCACCAUUCCUUUUCCGGACAUUGUCAACAUCUCGUUUGUGGCGGAUCGCAGUGGUACCGUUCUCGGUAGCAUCGUAGUGGUGCCAACAGACUUGACACCCGGUGCCGCCCUGCGCGUGUCGCGCAGCUUUGCGACCGACUAUGGAGAUGUUGUCAACGGCCAAAACUUGCACAUUGUCAUCUCUGCGCAGGGACCCUCGAACGCGCAGGCUGUCGUGGAUGCCUUCAGUUCAGAGUUCGAGGCCCCGAUGACGACACAAAUGCCCACGGUUGAUUUGACGACCGUCGCCGAUACUACCGCGGCGCCCAUCAUCACCACGGACGAGCUGACAACAACUGCUGAACCUGAACCAACCACCACCACUGAGGAGUCCACCACCACCGCCCCCACUACCGUCGAGCCCACCACUAGCACCAGUACUACGGAGGAAGAACCGACCACUGAACAACCCUUGACGACUACUGCUGCCAUGUCUACUACCAUUGAGACCAUGGUUACAACCGCAGAGCCAGUGGGCCUGGGCGAGCCUCUGGUCAUCUUCAACCCGAGUUUCGAGCUUGAUCUGAUCUUGCCCGCCGACGCCACCCGGUUCUUGCCAGGUCAAGCCAACUCGUGGAACGUGACGGGCUUCCGCCUCGAUCGCGCUGGCGUCUACCGACUCCUCUUCUCGGUGGGCUGGCGCCUUGACCGCCCCUUUCCCUUUCCCGAUACCGUGUCACUGCACCUGUUUACCGACUCUGGCCUCGACAUCUCGAGCGUUCAGUUCACCCGAACAGAGCUGGGUAUUCGUGCUGGCCAGUUUGUUUCUGUGCAAGUUGAUCUGCUGGUCGAGCGUAGCAGCAACUUUUUCAACGCUGUGCUAGGCUUUGGAUUUCACGUUGAAGGGCCCGCUGCUUCGCAGCUGGCCUUGGACAACUUGCAGGCCUUUGUGGUGCCUGACAUUAUCGAGACCACUCAAGCGCCUACCACGACCACGGAAACCACCACCACUGUCACCACGACUGAGUCCACAACCGAGACCACCACGGCCACCACCACUGCACCGACAACUCCUCUUAUGACCACGACUGUCGAGUUGACGACCACCACUGAAGAGCGAACCACCACUGAAGAACGUACGACCACCGAGGAAAUGACCACCGCAGAGCCCUUCAUUCGCCUACCCGUGGCCAACCCCAGCUUUGAAGUUGAUGACUUGGAGGGCGCCCCUUCCAAUUUCAUUUCGGCCGCCACGGGGUGGGAGGUCAACACGGCCAACGGCCUUGCUGGUACAUUCCGCCCUCCCGUCAACGCGUUUGGCGAGCCUGCUGUGGCUACCCUACCACUGCCAGCUGAUCAACGUCAAGUCUUGUUUAUCAAGCCUGGGGCCGUGGUGUCGCAAGUCAUUGCUGACUCGGAUCUCCAGCCUGGCGCCACCUUUGCGAUUACCCUUGCCGUUGGUUGGCGCAUGGAUCAAGCCACUACUUUCCCUCAGGCUGUCGUCAUCGAGCUUGUCUCGAGUGAGACGCGUGUCCCAUUGGGUUCUGCUUCGGUAAAUAGUGGAACUUCCGGCUUGACGCAGGGCAGCUUUGUAGCCGUGUCUAUCAACGCCGAGAUUCCUCAACUUGCCGGCCUCGACGCCGAGUCACUCCGCAUUGUCUUCCGGGCUGAGGGUCAGCGUUUGAAUCAGGCCGCCAUUGAUGCCGUGUCAGUGCUGCUGUACCCCGCCGAAACGACAACGCCUGAGCCAACGACCACAGAGGAGCCAACGACCACGAUGGAGGUGACAACGGUGGAUCUGCCCAUCCUGGCGGGCCACUCGUUUGAGGAGCCCGACUUUGAUGUGGUAGACGGCAGCCUCUUUGCGGAGACGGCGCUUGGUUGGGUUGUGUCCGGUUUGGCCGGCACCUUUGCCCCGACCAGCGAAAACUACGCCGAGCUGGCCAACAGCGAGAUGCUGCUGCCCCCGGCCGAGGGCGAUCAAGUGCUGUACCUCCGCCGUGGCGGCGUGGCGGCGCAAAACGUGAGUGAGGUCGAGUUGGCGCUGGGCACGCAGGUGCGCCUCGAGUUUGCGGCUGGCUGGCGCCGCGACUUUGUGCGCGUGGUGGAUUCGCGCGUGGAGCUGCGCGUGGCGGAGACGGGCGCGCUGCUGGCGGCGCUGGACGUGACGCAGAGCAUGCUGGUGCGCGGUCAGUUUGUUGCCUUUGAGCUGGUGCACACGGUGGCGUCACCUGCGGUUGUGGGCCGCACGCUGCAAGUGUUGGUUCGUGCAGCGGAUUUGGGUGCGGGCCAGAUCAACUAUGACAACUUUGAUCUGGACGUUUUCCAGAUUGACCUCCCCACCACCUCGACCUCGACUAGUACCACCACUACCACUACCACCACCACCACCGCAGAGCCUACUACUACUACUACCACCACUACUACUACCACCACCACUACUACCACUACUACCACUACUACCACUACUACCACUACUACCACUACUACCACCACUACCACUUCAGACUCGUGCCCUGCCAUCGAGGAUACAUGCGUCUCAACUGGGUUUGGCACGUUCUUGGGUGUGUGCUCGCCUCGUUGGACAACCACGUCAAUCACUUCGGAUAACGGCGUGGCUACGUACGGCCUUGCUACCGGUGAUUUUGAUCAAGAUGGAAUGCAAGAUGUUGUCGCCGCUUCUGCCGGUGAUAACCGAGUCACAGUGGCCUACACCCGCGUGGCUGCCAACGGCAGGUUGACUUACGAUGAAGUCACUCUCAGCUCACUGUUCCUUUCGCCUCGCGACGUGGCGGUGGGUGAUUUUGACGCUGAUGGUCACGCUGAUGUCGCAGCCGUUUUUUCUACUUCUGGCACCAUUGCGGUCUACCUCAAUGACGGAACCAACUUCUCCCUGGGAUUUCUGAAUACGGAUGUCAGCGACGCCGUUUCGGUUGCCGCAGGUGAUCUUGAUGGGGAUUCGGACAUUGAUCUGGUCGUGGCACGCCGCAGCACCGGUCGCGUUGAGCUCUUUACCAACAAUGGCGCCGCCAAUUUUGCCAUGUCCACGUUGACCGUGAGCGCUGCCGGUGCUUUUGCUGUCGAAGUGGGUGACAUGGAUGGCGAUGGUGACAAUGACAUUGUUGCCAGCUAUCGCGAUGCCAAUAUGGUUGUGGUGUGGAGCAACGAUGGGUCUGGGUCGUUUUCGUCUGUUUUCAACUUCUCGGCACAAGGCCCUCGCGGCAUGGAGCUGGCGGACAUGGAUGGUGAUGGAGAUUUGGACAUUGUCGUGGCUGAGGCGGGAGGCAACCAAGUCGUCAUGCUCACCAACGAAGGUGCCAAUACGUAUGUGGCAACCGUCGUGACGGGUUCUGCCAAUGACGCAUUUGACGUCGCGGUUGGGGAUUUGGAUGGCGAUUGCGAUAUGGAUAUUGCUGUCGCUCAGCGUCAAGACAACCUGGUCAACUGGUAUGCUAACAACGGCAGCGGCAGUUUUUCACGCAACGCCGUGCGAUCGGACGUACCAAGUGCACGAGCCGUAGUCGUGGUUGACUUGAACGGUGACGGUGAUUUGGAUAUUGUCAGCGGCAGUGACUCGCCCAACUUGGUUGAUCUGCACUCGAGCGAUUGUUGCACCCUCUAG